GGCAAACCUCCGGCCCUGAAACCUCCCGGCCGAGAGCGCAUCCAAGCGUGCCACCGCCCGUUCCAAUCUCUGUAUCAGUUUCUCCUCCCUCAGUCUCCUCAGAUCUGUUUGUUACAAGGAGGGGAUUGUUCGAAUGGUUUGGAAUUUGCUUUUGGAUGAUCCCACGGUCCGAUUUUGUUUUUGGACGCCCAUUUUUAGCAUCGUGGUCUUUGGAUGAAUGAUUGUGUUUGUUUCUGUUUAUUGGAAACUUGGAAAUUUGGUGGAUGAUUCAUUGUUUUUUCCUCUUAAUUGUGUUCGUGCUUCCUAAUUGUAGCUGUAAAAUUUGGAUUUGAAAUUUGAAAUAAAUAAACAAAUGGGAAGUGAAGAGCCAAAAGAUCCAUUCAAAGGUGUGGAUUGGAAAGCUGUUGGAACUGAAUUGCAGAAAGACCCAAGUAGUAAACCGGUCAUAAAGAAGCGUCUUCCGAAGAAGAUGAGGGAAAUUCCAGACUACUACUUUCUUCCGCGGAGAUCACUUGCUUAUAACCUCGGCUUCUUUGGAGCUUGUAUUGCUGGUGGAAUUGGUGCUGGCAUGUUACUUGAGAUUUGGAUUAAUAAGAAGAUUAAAGAGGAUGGAGGUGUUAUAUGGGAGUUUGAUAAAUAAAGAUUUAGGGGAAAUUCAGAUAACCAUAGCGUUUAGGGUGUCCCUUUUGGUUGCCCCGCCAGUCCACCCCAACCCCAAAGGAAAAACUUCUCUCAUUUCUUUUAAGAAGUUUGUUUUAUAGGAAGGCUGAAAGAAGAUCUGAAACUGAGUUUUAAUCCAGCAGGUUGGUUAACAAACAUCUUGUAUUUUUCCUACUUUGCUAGGCUUGUGAUCAAGGUGCAUUAAGACCAAUUCUGUUUGGAGUAAGAACGUAUUGUCUAUUUGUGUUUAAAGAAGCUUUUUCGUAUAUUCCUCCGAAAUUCAAUUGGGAUCCAUUGCUGGUAGUGAUGAUAGCUCGCAUUGUUCUCUACUUGUUCUGCGAUGCUUCAUGAGUAGUAAUACUUAGGUGUUUUUACUAAAUUGUAAUGGAAUGUAUUUCGGAAAGGGGAAAGUUUUAGAAAGUAAAGAAAAUAAUUUUGUUUUAGUGUUUA